AUGUUUCAAAAUAAUAGUACUUCGAGUCAGUUGUACUCUGGUGGGUCGUCGUUGGGUAGCUUGGGGUCGGGUGCAAACAACUCGUCGGCAUCAUUGUCAUUAUCAAGUCUUGGUGGAUUAAAUAAUAAUAAUAAUAAUACUACACCUCUACAAAGAUCACAGCAGCAACAACAACCUCAACAACAACAACCACAACAACAAUUAUUUCAAACACAACAACUAUCAAAUAGUAGUUUGAACUCUCAACAACAACAACAACAGCAAUUACAACAACAACAACAACAACAACAACAAGAGAACAAACAAUAUAUUCCAAGUAGAUUCUUUGUACAAGAGAAUAAGACAUCUGAUUUAAUGUCAUCGACAGAUAAGAGAAAGACUGCUCCCGAGUCUAUUAUGACAUCACCUCCAUACGGUCAACAAUCGUCUCCUUUGGCACCGUACGAUCACUCUUUUAGAAGUGGUAUCAUGGCUCAAAGUCCUGCCGACUCUUUUAGAUUCCGUGUUGGUGGUGGUCAUGCUGCUGGUGGAUAUGGUGCAUCUGGAGGAGGAGGAGGAUACUAUCCAGCAAUGGUAAUUAAUACUUCGUCGGGUGCAACUACAACUAUUGACAAGGACUAUGUUCCCAAAGCAUCUAUAUAUGAUGAGUCUCCAACACCGUCUGCUGCACCAUCGCAUUAUGCCAGCAGCAGUAGUGGCAGCAAUAUCCAACCCUUUUCAAGUAGUCAACACCAACAACAAUCGUCGUCAUCAAUGUCAUUCCAACCAAACCUUUCAUUUUACGAUGCACCCGCUUCGAGUGGUGCACAAGCAGUGUCUAGUCAACAAGCUCAGAUCCAGACACUUGCACAUUCUCUCCAACACCAAUUGGUCAAUCUCCAACAACAAUCGAUCAUCCAACCCAACACCCCAUCCAUUCAAUCGCAAAUCCAACAAACUCAAUUACAAUUGAGUCAACUUCAACAACAACAACAACAAUUAUACCAACAACAACAACAACCAAGCACAUCAACAUUUUCAACAUCAUCACAAUUUAAUAAUAAUAAUAAUAAUUUACUAACUUCAACAUCAAAUAAUAAUAAUAAUCAAAAUACAUUGGGAUUAUUAACAUCAUCACAAUUAUAUAAUUCACAAUCAUCUCAACCACAACAACAAUCACAACAACAAUUAGUACUUUAUAAUUCAACAUCACCAUAUUUAUCACAACCAACUGCUGAUACAUCUGAAUUGUAUUCUGACAAGUAUGAUAAGAGAUGGUUGACCAUUUUUGGAUUCCCAUUGUCAGCAUCUGAUUUGGUAUUGGAUGAGAUUGGAUCGACAGCAACCAUUGUAGAGACUAAAUACCCAGCAUCAAAUGCCUCAAAUUGGAUGCACAUUCAACUAGAAAACGAGUCUAUAGCCAGUGACCUCUUGUCUAAAAAUGGAACCAUCAUUGGUAAUUAUAUGGUUGGUAUCACUCCAUACAAAGAUAUUACCAAAUCUUCCACUCCAUUACCUCCUCCAAAAGUUCAACCUCCAUUUAAAGAAUUGGAAUCUUAUGUUCCAUCAAGAAGUCCAUAUGAUCCAUCAGAAUUUUUAAAUAAUAGUUCAUCAAAUCCAACACAAGCAACCAGACCAUCAAUCAUGUCAAAGAUAUCAGAAUAUGUUUUUGUAGUUAAUAUGAGUCCAACACCAAGCAACGCAUUACCAAUCCCUGAUUUCGCGGAUGAAGCUUGUAAUAAUACAAGAAAUGAGAUUUUGGAUGCAAUCGACAAAUAUAAGAUCAAGUAUAAUCCACAAUUCAUUGGUGGUAUAACAGCCUAUGUACCAUUGUACUUUGAUUUCAGUGCUGUCUUAAAGUACACCAAUGAAAGAGCUGCUAUUCUUCGUGCUGUAAAGACAAAUAUUGUCUCUAUCUUGAAACAAGUUGAUUCUUCUUUUGAAAAGAUGGACAAUUUAAAUAAAGAGAAUGUGAAUAGAUAUUUAUCAAGAGUUGUUGUUACCAAUACAGCAGGUAAAGCAUCAACAUCUAAGAAAUCUACAUUCUAUCCAGACGGUACAUUGGAGGUAGUGUCUGUGUUUGAAGAUUCAAUCAAUUGUAGUUACUAUCUAGAGAAAAAGAUCGUUCAAACUUUGAAUGAAUUCAGACCAACUGCUGCCAAUGUUGCAUCUGAAAAGAUUGCUGCUUUUGUUGCUCCUGAUGUUCAACAACAACCUGCAGCAUCAGCAGCUGCUGUCGUUCCACAAUCAAGUUCAAUGUCAAGUUCAAGUUCAAGUGUUCCAUCGGCAUCGGCAGCAGCAGUUCCAGUUUCAACUACACCAAUUAAUAAUGAUUGUAUCGUUGACCUUUCACAACCAAAUUUCCCAACUGCAUCAGCCGAGACUUUGAAAUUGGAGAUUUUGGCAUUGGCCAAGCCACUCAAGGUAGAGCCAGCCGUGUUGGGGAUGGCAUUCGAUAUGCCCGUCUACAUUGAUUGGGGUAGCGUGUUGGUUGCAUCAGGUGACGCUGUUCUCCGUUCCAUCAAGACAAAUUACGCCAAUAUCGUCAAACAAGUGUUGCCAGCCGUUGCCAAAGUCGAUGCAGUCCGCAAACCAAUGAUUCGCGACUUCCUCGUGUCGUUUGUACUCCAACAUACUCCAGGUAAAGCUGCUACCUCCAAACGUGCCUAUUUGACUCAUGAAGGGUGUCUUGUAUUGGUCAUUCCAUUUGAAGAUUCUGUCAAUUGUUCCUACUACCUUGAAAAGAAGAUUACUCAAGGUUUGAAUGAAUUCAUUCCACCAUCUGGAUCACAACCAUCUGCCAAGUUUGUUGCUGAGCAACCUGUAGCUGCUGCACCAGUUGCAGUUGCCGUUGCACCAGUCCAACCAGCUCAGCCAUCAUAUGGUAUUCCAGAUUCAUAUAAACAACAACCACAACAACCUGCCUAUGUACCAGUAUACCAACCACAACCAGUUGUAGCCGCUCCAGUUGUCGUAGUCGCUCCACCCGCUCCAGUACCCAUUGUCAUUGAACCACCAAAAGAAAAGGGACGUCCCGAGAUGGAAUACAAACCACAAUUUGACGAUAUCGUGAACCAAUUUGCACUUCGAGAGAUUGAGGCUAACCUGUCGGCAUUCAAGAUUUCAGAUGACCGUGACGAAGUGAUUGGUGCACCAUUCUACUUGGACUGGAAGUCUGUCAUGGUGUAUCCAUCGUCUGUCAAACAAAACACGGUCAUUAGAAACAUCAAUAUGGGUCUCUACCGUCUAUGUCGUGAGCUCUACGUGUCGAUCAAGUCGGCCUGUACCGACUAUGCUCUCAAGGACAAUAUCAAGGGAUACUUGAGAUCUGUCACCAUCCAACACGUCCAAGGUACCACUACAUCCAACAAAAAGGUGGUCUAUGAAGACGGACAUUUGACUCUUCAAACCAUCUUUGAAGAUUUUGGUAAUUGUGGUCUCUACUUUGACAGCAAGAUUGUACAAGCCUUUUCAGCACGUCCAUCUGUGCCCGUUAAAAAGACUGACCUCACUACUCUGAUCAAAGAAGAGACUGCUGUUAGAUUAAAUGCUCAUCGUCAAUACAAGAAUGCAAAGACUGGACAAGCACUUGGAUUUGCGUGUCCUGUGGAACUUGACUUUGGCUUUUUAACGUCCAAGGGUUAUGAAGGUACCAAUAUGGAGGGCAACGUCAUUGCCAUUGCACAGGCUAUCCUCGCCGACUAUUUCCUCGCCAUUCAAACCUUUUCCAAUGAUCAAAUCGAUCUUUUGCUAAAGGAGAUUGUAAAGGUCAAUUUUGUACAGGCUGCCUAUGGCAAGACCAUCUUUGACAAGCGUACAGUCGUCUUGGCCGAUAACGGCGUACUCACCGUCCAAACCAUGUUUGAAGAUAGAACUGAAGGUGGAAAGACAUUCCGUGAACGUUUUAUCAACUCUUUCCAAGCUCGUUUGUACAAGGUUGAAAUUAGAGAUGUUUUGGUGCCAGCCAUCAAAGAAACGAUUGACCGUGCAGUCAAACAUACUGAAUUGAAAAAGAACCGUCUCGAUGUCAUUGCUGUACCAUCAUCUGACAGUUACUCGUCACAAGUCAUUUUCGAUUGGCAAUUGGUUGAAAAGGAGGCACCCGAGGUACAAGUAGCCACCUACAACAAUAUCGUCAAGAAUCUAGGUGUAGAUAAUACAUUUGUACGUGAUAUCAAGAGUGCUAUCAUUGAUACCAAUACCUAUGAUGUUGGUAGAAUCGCAUUCCUCAAGACACAAAGAUUUGUCUUGCGUCAUAUUAUGCGUUCCAAAGAAGAGAAUUACAAAUACUUUGCCGACAAUGGAUCGUAUGAAUUCUACGUCUCUUAUCAUGACCCAGCCAACAUUCGUGCCAACAAGUACAACUUGACCACCUUUUUCAAGGAGAAUCUAGUCGUUGCUUUUCCAUGUGCCGUUCAAGACACAUUCCCAUUGGUCGACGAAAUCCAAGCCAAGCUUGCCAAGGAUUCAGGCAAGGAUGUUGCCAUCAAGAUCGAGUAUGACCACUUUAGACAAUACAGUCGUUACACUACCGACUUUGCUGCAUACAAGGCUAUUCAAGGUAUCGUUGUCGAUGUACCAAAUCACGGUCUAGAAGCUAUUUCUAGAUUAUGCAAGGAUGCCAUUGUUGCUAGAGAAUACAAACAAAAGGUUAACAAGAUUGUCAUUGCCUAUGAUACUACUGAUAGCAUUAAAAAGCAACGUAAAACAACUGAACCAAAUGUCAUUGCUAAACUUGACUCUACCUCUGGAACACUUACAUUUACAAUCAACUUUGAUGAAGCACGUCGUAAUGGAAAGAUGUUACCAUGGGAAUACCAAUUGGAAUAUGUAUUGGGAACUCGUCCAAUGAAGAUUCAACGUGCUAUUGAACGUGCUCAACCAGACCUUGAUACAGCCAGCAAGACCCUAUCUACCAUGGUUGGCAAACCCGUCAUUGUCCGUGUCGACUAUGCCUCGUUUAUCACUCACCCCGAGUACCUUGUCGAGCUCGAAGAGGCUGUCUAUUGCAAGGUCAUCGCUUCAUUCUCUCAUUUCAUUUCAAGUGGAUGGUUUAAUCACGCUCCAUCGGCUGAACUCUUUACCUAUGAGACUGUCAAGCAGAGUAUCCAAAAACAACUUGCUACCAUCACUUUCAAGAUUGACCCCAUCUCUAACCAAUCAGAGGCCUACAAAUUCUCUGUUGCCAAUGGUGACCUUGUAGUCAGCAUCAAUCUCAAGGCUGCUAUUGCCGUCCAAGUUGUGCAAUGGCGUAUUGAACUCGAGCGUAUCUUUAAGGUACGUGAUCUCAAGGCUCGUGAAGAGAUUGCCAAGCGUGUCGACCUCAAGAGCUACCAAGACGAGUUGUCCAAGGUCAUUGGCAAGCAAGUUCAAUUGGUUGUCGACUGGGAAUCAGUCCUCGCCGACUCUUUCCUUGCUGCCAAUAUCGAUGACUAUAUCAUGUACCUCCAUUUGGUGGGAGAAGAUCUCGCCGGUGAAUUGUCCACCACCUAUGGUCUCGGAAACGUCGUAGAAUACUCUGAAGUGCAAGCUCAACUCCAAAAGAUGGUCACUCAAAUCAAGAUUUCUGCCAGUCGCAGCGACGGUCUUGCUAUUCGCCACAAUGGCACCACCCUCGAAUGCGAGAUUGGCGUCAGAAACAUUAGAAAGUUCCUCAAGGAAGCUGAAGGUGACUUUGAAAAGUAUGGUAGAAAGAUUGAAAAUGCACUCGGUCUCCGUCUAUUGACUGUCCGUGGUUACAUUAAACGUCACGAAAGCAAGUCGUUGGACGAUGCCAAGACCCGUCUUGCCCAAGCCGUCGAGGUUCAAGUUGACAUCAAGAUUGAUUGGGAGGGCGUCAUCCAACAACGCAACUUUAUGGCCAUUGUCAACUACAAGCGUGUACUCCAAAACAUGAUCGAUAUGGCCGAUGAGCUACACCCACUCAUCCAGUUGUGUCGUGAAAACUUGCAAGCCAAAAAACUCUUGCAAUCUGUCCGCAACUAUACCAUUCGUUACGAGGACAAUGACCGUAUCAAUGAAAGUGAAUUUGCUGAAAACAAGUUUGGUGUUGAUUGGAUUCGUGUAGGAUACAAUGCUCCACCUGUCAAGGACCAUAUCCUCAUUCAAUGUAACCUUGGGUCAAUGUCCAACUCUCCCCAUCGUGUUGGUAUCGAAGAAAAGACCGAAUUUUUGGUCACUCCCAAUCUUGCUGAAGAAAGAUAUCAAAAGAAGUUGGCUCGUCAAGAUCGUGAAGAAGAUCUCGCCUAUCGUAGACAAAGAGAUGCUCGUGAUGAUAGACAACAUGAUCAAAUGUUGAAUGAAUCUAGAGAACAUAAUAGACAAUUGGAUAGAAUUAAUCGUAGAUUAAGAUGGUGGAAUUUAAUUAUUAUUACAACAAUUCAAUACAGUUUGAAAACAGUAUUCACAUUACUAUUACAAUUGGAAAUGAACAUCAUCAACAUCCCAUCAAAACAUCAAUCAACAUAA